AUGCAAUUCACUCACCUCGCUCUCCUCCUCACCACCACCACCAUCACCAGCGCCCUCGCCCAACAACGGUUCCCCAUCGUCGACGAGCGUCGCUACUGCACCAGCACCGAACGCACCACCAGCACCGCAUGCGGCAACCUCGUCUCCCAAUUCCCCACCUUCGGGUCCUUCCCCAGCUUCCCCGUCAUCGGAGGCGCCGAGUUCAUCACCCAAAGCGACGACCCCGACUGUGGUAGCUGCUUCAACAUCACCUCCAUCCCUACCAACGGUGGUGGACCUGCCAAUACGGUCUUUUUGACGGCGGUCAAUACUGCCCCUAGGGGGUUCGUGAUGUGCACGGAUGUCUUGACCGAUCUUUUGAAUCUUCCGAGGGGAAGUCCUGUCCCGCCUAAUGUUCAGGUUGAGGCUACCCGUGUUGACGCGAGUCUUUGUGGACUCUGA